AUGGCGCCUCCGAGUAAGACGACACUACGGCAGUUCGCCGACUACGCAGCAGCUUCCGAGACAAUCCUGAAGCUCCCGCAUCCGUACCAGACGACGUACUUCGUUGGGAAGAAGGCCGAAGAAACAGACGCCAAUUCCUCCUCGUACCAGCUCACCCCUCGCAACCCCGACGAGGCCGGUGGCAGCUCCAAGCCGCUUCCCUUCCCGCUUCACAAUGCCGCUGUGUCUUUCUCCGAACCCCAGGACCUCAAGUCGAGCGACCGGCCCCAGGACUCCAACAACACCCCGUGGGCACGAGCAAGACGCAACCCGGCCGUGACGGUUAGCUGGACGAGCGCGGAGCCGCCAAGCGUCGGCCAGCUCUGGCUGAUCACCUACGCCGUCUUCACGGUGCGCCCGGGCGAAGAGGCCUUCCGCCUCCGCGCGCAGGGGGCGGGUGCACCGCGGGUGACACAGCAACUCAAAGCCGUCGGGCUCGCCAUCGACCACCCACCACGCGGCGGCGAACCCACCACCGCGACGGCCAAUGCCGACGACGAGCUGGUCGUCCUCCGCGGCGCCUUCUGGCAAGGCGCGGGCUCGCCCUUCGGCCCGCGCCCGGCCUGGGCGCCGGAGGAGCAGGACCCAGACCUCUCGGGCUACCCGCUGCCGCCGGCGAGCUACGUGAUGACGCACGAGCCGGCGACGGCGCUGUGCUGGCACCCGCGGCGGCGGGCCAAGCCGCGGCCGGGCAGCGUCAUCUACAGCCGGUGGAUCCCGCACCUGCGCGAGACCUUCAGCAUGGUGGCGCUCGACCACGCCGACGCCGAGCACGUGGCGCUCUUCCACGCGUGGCAGAACGACCCGCGCGUGUCGCAGGGCUGGAACGAGACGGGCUCGCUGGAGCAGCACCGCGCCUACCUGCGCCGCGCGCACGAGGACCCGCACCAGAUGGCCGUGCUGGCCCGCUUCGACGGCACUUUCUUUGCCUAUUUCGAGGUCUACUGGGCCAAGGAGGACCGCAUCGGCGCGCACUACCCGGCGGGCGACUACGACCGCGGGCGGCACAGCCUCGUGGGCGACGUGCGCUUCCGCGGCCCGCACCGCGUCAGCGCCUGGUGGUCGAGCCUGAUGCACUACCUGUUCCUGGACGAGCCGCGCACGCAGAGCGUGGUCGGCGAGCCCAAGUACACCAACAGCUCGGUGCUCAUGUACGACCUGAUCCACGGCUUCGGGCUCGACAAGUUCAUCGACCUGCCCCACAAGCGGUCGGCCCUGGUCAGCUGCUCGCGCGAGCGCUUCUUCCAGCUGUGCCCGCUGGACGACAACGAGAAGGUCAUGGGCGGGACCGGAGUGGGGUUGGUGCCCAAGUUGUAG